CAAUAUCUGAUGACCAUCUUCCUCAAAUAUUCUUCUUUCCAGAAAUUACCUGCCCCGAAUUCAAAAACCUCCACUUACCCUAUUUGAUUCUCGAGAAAGAAAAGAAACUGCAAAGGGUAAGAGAAGAGAGGAAAGACUUAGGAAAACACAUCCAAAUCGCAGGAAAGUGUUUGAUGAAAUGCCUGAUAGAGACGAGAUGUGAGUCCUUUCUUGGAGUUCAUGGGCGCUAGUUAUACUGCGAUGAUGAGCUUUUUUCCAUAAAGAGGAUGCAUGAGCUUUCUAUGGUGCAUGGUUUUGUGGAUAUAACUAAUAACUUGGGAGACAUGAUAAAAUUUCUGGCAAAUGAGCCAUCGGUGGGGCUUUUCUACAUUCAACAGCAUACACACAAUGCAGUUCCAAAUCUCAUCAACCUUAACAGGAAAUUGGUUGCAAAAUCUCACGAGGUGAACUUACACAUGGAAGAUUUAGAGGAUUCUAUAACAAUGACAAGAUCAAUGAAAGAGUUUGGCUUUCCAAUUGCUGAAGAGAUGAGCAGAGACAUCAAACAUUCACUUGCUGUCAUGGCAACAAACCACCCCAAAAAGGGGUUAAUAAAUAUCCGUAGGGAGAGUUCUGCUAUUGGGCGUAUCAGUACAAGUCGUUUGUAUGGUGAUGAUAAUAACAGUGGCUCUCUCUUAAAUAUAUUGAAAUCAGCCAGGCGAAAAGCUGGAAGCUUCAAGUGGACUCAACCUGAAACCAAAGAGGAGCAUAUUCAAGUGAAGGAUGGUGGUGAGCCUUCUUCAUCAACUGUUGCAGAGACAGAUAAAAAUGCAGCAGAUAGAACACAAGAAGAAGAGCAAGAACAUUUUUGAAGGAUGAAAAGACGCUCCGCUUAUGGUCGAUGGAUGGGGGGGAGUAUAGUUGUGCGGAUUAGAUCAAAAUAUGCUAUUAGAGCUCGUAAGGUGUGUUUGGUUGGAGGGAGGCAAAAUGCUCCUCUCCCCUCGAUUGGUUUGAAGAGUUUGGAGGGAAUUGUAUCCGGCAUACCCCCGUCCGCGCCCCCAAACUCUUCAACCAAACACACCUUAUGGCAAAAAGCCAAAGACAGUGAUCUCCUCCCCUCCCUUUCAACAGACCCAACAAGAAGUAAAACAUUGAAACCCUCUCCAUCCUAUCACUUUUGUUGCAUAUAUCUGCUGUGUUGGUAAUUG